GCUGAACAGAUUCCGUCAUUUCCCGAUAUGCCGCUAUGAUAAUUGUUAUUUAAGCUAUCUAUAUUUCAAAUUACCAUUUUAUCUCACUCCUUGCCUAUCUACGCAUCGAAAAUCAUGGCAGAUCAACCUUCCCAUAUUGAAGGCGGGCUCUUCUCACAAACCAGAAUAUGUAUCAUCCGCUCUCACAAACUUGACAACGAUGUCGCCUCCAAACUGUCAUCUACAAUCGAGGAGCGUGGAGGUGAAGUAGUCAUCCAUCAGUCGCCUACGCCGUUACCCCCAAUCAGCGAAUUUACGCACCUUGUUUCUUCCACCAUUGACUUUCCCGGUCACGAUUCUGCAUGUGACGCGCUGAUUCCCGUUGUUAAGCCGCAAUGGAUUCACGCUUCUGCCUCCAAAAACAAGCUCGCAAAUCCUCGACAAUAUAAUCCCGACCCAAGACUUUUUUUGAAUGACGUCCUCGUUAGCUGUGCGGAUAUACCAGAAGGUGACAAGGAUGCGAUUAUUGGUGGAGUGCUAGCGAUGGGCGGGCUCUAUACAGCUAGACUUACGAGUAGUACGACGCACCUUGUUGCGUUGAAUAUGGAUACCGACAAGUGCCGACAAGCCGCUGGACGCUUAAGUAAUUUAAAGAUAGUGCUUCCUCAUUGGUUCGAUGAUUGCCUAAAAUUGGGUAAGAGAAUAGACGAACGACCGUAUAUGCUUCCCGACCCCGAAAUUCUCAGCGCUCGCUGCGAUGAUCCCAUAAAAGGAACAACAAACAAAGAUAUCAUUGGCGCUUCUACUCCAGAACCAAGAUAUUUGCUUUCAGCGGACGAAGUGCGGGAUGAUUUGAAUGUAUUUGACGGGAAAAGCGUGAUGAUAUCUAGCGACUUGAAGAUUGGAGAACGCCUGCUUCAAUGUCUUGAGACGUUAAUAGUGAAAGGCGGCGGUAGGAUUGCGUAUGAGGUCGGUAGUGCAGACAUUUAUGUCGGCCGCUAUCGCGAGGGCGAGGAUUAUCAGGUUGCCUCCAGAGCAGGAAAGGAGGUUGGCAACUUGUCAUGGUUAUACCAUCUCAUCACACGGAACACCUGGAUAUCUCCACUCCGUCGACUACUUCAUUACCCGGUUUCCCGAUCCGGUAUCCCUGGAUUUAACGGAUUGAAAAUCAGUUUGUCGAAUUAUUCAGGCGAAGCGCGAAUAUACUUGGAAAAUCUCAUUGUUGCUGCCGGUGCCGAAUGCACAAAGUCUCUAAGACAAGAUAACACGCAUCUGAUCACAGCACAUGGGAAUAGUGAAAAAUGCACUGCAGCCCGAGAAUGGAAUCUCCACGUUGUGAACCAUCUAUGGCUUGAGGAUAGUUACGCAAAGUGGCAGAUGCAGACUGUUACCAAUCCUCGAUAUACGCAUUUUCCCCAAAGAACCAAUCUCGGCGAGAUUGUAGGUCAGACACAGAUUGACAAGUUUGCCAUUGAAGAACAUUUCUUUCCCCGUGAAGAAGAUGCAGCGACGAACAAAAACACGCCGCCGAGCGUUGUGCAGCAGAAGGAAAACAAUGUGUCUGUGAGCAACGUGAAAAAGCAACCUGAAAAGACAACUACUGCAAAACAAUUAUCUACUUUAGGAUCUUCCACGCCGCAAGGAACGAAAGAAUCAAAGCCCACGACUAAAAGGGAUCGCCUCUCGCUCCAAACACCCCAUGUAUCUCGGUCCAUUGCUGAAGGAAAAGAGAACGACACCCCAUCCACCACUGGAAGCAGAAAGUCUAAAGAUGUUGCGACAGCACGCCUACAGGACCUCGCACCGGAUAUGAUUCUCUAUGAGAGGGAGAAACGGCGAGCCGGCGGAGUUAUUUAUGGUGGUAGAAGGAAGAGCGACGAUGGCGCGGUCGUAUCGAGAAAACGGUCCAUUGAGCCCGAUGAGACCACAGAUACGGAGACCAAAAAGCAAAAAAAGACUAGACCACAGGUGUCCAUGCAUUUACUUAUUACGGGAUAUUCUCCAUGGGUGGGAAAUGCGAGACAGGAGGAUAAUGACAGGCGUAUUCUACGUGACCUUGGAAUCAUGGUUGUCCAAGAUGCGUCGAAAUGCACACAUCUCGCUGCCCCAUCUAUCCUAAAGACCCAAAAAUUUGUCAAUGCCCUUGCAUACGCGCCGAAGAUCAUAAAUUGCGACUUCAUAACCGACUGUGUCAAGAAGGAUGAACUGCUCGACCCGAAUAAAUACAAACUGCGUGACAAGAAGUCAGAGAAAAAAUACGAGUUCUCUCUCGACCAAGCACUGCGGAGAGCUGAAAAGAAUCAGAAUAGACUCCUCCAGGGUCGAACGAUAUUCUGCGUUGAAACGAUACACGGCGGUUUCGACGUAUUUAAGUCUAUCAUCGAGACAAACGGUGGACAGUGCGCAAUGUACCGGGGGCGGCCGCU